AUGACGCUGAGCACCUCAGGAUACGGAGUACUCUACCAAAGCUUGACAGGCCUCGUCCCGGGAGAGACUUACAACUUGUCUUUUGAUUACAAAAUUGCUUCAGCGGUUAACGCUGGAUCCUGCGCUUUCUAUUUUUCCAUCAACGGUGACAGUGCAACCUCUCGCAUAACCACGACUGCAAUGGCAUACAUUCGCUAUUCGGGAUCAUCGUCGGCGCUAUUUUCAACGUCUUGGGAGACCCUGUCAACUACAUAUGCACCCACCAGCACAAGCAUUGAUCUUUAUUUGUUGGCCAUUUGUGCUGGAAAUAGCCGCAUCCCACAGGCGAUGCCCCAGGUCUACUACGAUAGUGUUCAAUUUAGCAACGAUAAUGUCGAGAUUGAGACGUGUACGACGUCCACUUACACCUCAACUGUGACCAUUGCAUCUAGUUCGACUCUCGUCAAUAUACCACCAGCUACGGCUACCAGCGCAGCCGUUGUUUCUUCGGCUGCUUUCACCUCUCAGACCCUUUCAAGCACAUUUGGGUCGAGCCGACCAUCCUCUCCGAUUGCUGCUUCUAGUACGAUUCUCGCCGAGACACCAAAAGCUUCGAUUACGAAUCCAGUCAUUGUAUCAUCCAUAAAAGCUUCCCAGACUACUGUUAUCACACCUGGGCCGAGCCCGUCAUCCUCCGUGCUGAUUUCAGGUGAUGGGCCUUCGACAUCGACAUUGCCCUCUUCAUCGCUCGGGAUGUCGUCCCAGCCUGACUUGCCAACAACACCGGUUCGGACUCCAACAGUCCUCACAAGGCGGCCAAAGCCUUCAAGUUCGAGAGUUCCCAUCCCUCAAAUUUCGUCUUCGGGCUCGCUUUUGAAAGAAUCAUCGACCACGCCCUCCUUAAUACUUCCCACCCUGCCUGGUCAACCCCCCGUGUCUUCCGUUCAUAUUAUCUCAUCUACCCCAAGCAAGGUUGCUGCCUCCUCAGCUCCACCGACGACUUUCAAUUCGGGAUCCUCGUUAUCACACACAGUCGUUAUUUCUUCAGCUGAUGCCACAUUCCCCCAGUCUACGCAACCAGCUAUUCAGCCUUCGUCCCGAUCAAGGACAAGCCACGACGCCUCCUCGAUCUACGGCGCUUCCUCAGCCGAUGUUACCAACAUCGCAUCUAGCACUAUUCCAAGCACAGCCGUGGUUAAUAGUUCCUCAAAAUUUCCCUCGGUUCCUGUCGCAUCAGGGGUUCCGGGACCUAGUUCCGUCGAUACUUCGGAAAUCACCUCUUCCACCGUUGCCAAGAUACAAACAUCCACAGGCACUGACGUGGUGACAGGAAACCUUCCCAGCUCCACGUAUCAAGGACAAACCAGCCUGAUGCCAACUGCCACAGUUGUUUCGCAGUCCGGAAUCAAUGAAAGUGCUCCGAACGGUGGUUUCACGACUUCUACUAUCUUCAGCACUCGUACUGCCACAAUAACAGGAUGCCCUUCUAGUAUAACCGACUGCCCUGCCUUUUCUAAGACAACCUACGUCACCACCGAGACCAUCAUUUUAUCCACUACCAUCUGCCCAGUGACUGCCACCGAGGUUAUUACUCCAACUGGAACUUCAAGCUCUUCUGUUCAAACUGCGAAAAAUUCCGCUGCCGAUAAAUCAUCCGCUGUUUCAGAAUAUGCAACUAUUACUACACCAACCUUGAGCCCUUUGCCCCAAAUCACUGACAGCACAUUCGCCCAAGAUUCCAUCGGUUACACAACUUCGACCAUUUUCAGUACUCGCACUGCUACAAUCACGGCUUGUCCCUCGAGUUCUCAAAAUUGUCCCGCUUCAUCCAAAACAACAUAUCUGACAACAGAUACUGUCAUCGUUUCUACCACCAUCUGCCCUGUGGCCGUCAGUUCUUCUACAGAAGCAGGAAAUAACCCCAGUGUGGAGGAAAUGACCAUGGAAACACUUUUGACGACUGUGACCAAGACUAUCACCGCUUGUCCUUCGACGGUGACUGAUUGCCCAGAUUCUCAGAGACAAACAUACACAACUACCGAGACUCUCGUUGCCGGUACUACUGCCUAUCCAGUGACCCCGACAGAACAGUCUGUCGGUCAAAGUGCAUCAAGUAUUUCUACCAUGAGGCCUUCCAUUAUUUCCGCUAGCAGCACCGGCAAUGAGGGUGAAGAUGAAACAACGACUAUUACCAUUAAAUCUACUGUGUCAGCGGCUUCAGCUUCCGGAGUCUCAUUUGUUGAUGAGAACGCCGCCCACUCCAAUGCUUUGGGCCAGAUCACAGACUCGCAGUUCCCGGGGGCAGCUGCUAUCUCCACCGCCACAUUCUCGCCUACCAGUGCCAGCAUUCAAUCUAGCAGCGACGUCUCUAGACACUCUUUGUUUACCUCUCUUUCUCCAGUGUCUGGCAGUAGCUCCACUCUGACUUCCCAGAGGAGCUCUACUUCCAGCUCUUCGACAUCCACACAGACAUAUGCAAAUGUCGCUUCUGCAUCAAGUGCCAUAUACAAUGGCUCUGCCUCUCAUCUUCAAUUCAACUGGCUGAAGACUAUUGUCGCAAUUUUCGUUGUUUUGUUCUUUUAG